AUGAAUGCCGUGUUUGAAAGUCUGACGCUGAACGUGACAACGAGAAUAAUGGCAGGCAAGAAAUCGCACGUGUUCGGCGACGACAACAGUAGUGAUCAGGAGGACAUCAAUGAGGAGGCGGAGACGAAACGGAUCGGACGGCUGAUCAAAGAGUUCAUGAAGUUGGCCGGCUUGCCUGUGAUCUCGGACGUCAUCCCACUCCUGAGCUGGACCCGUGGGUUGGCUGGGAGCGUGAAGGCUAUGCGACGCGUUGCUGCCGAUUUCGAGCCCAUCUUGUCAAAUUGGAUAUCCCAAGUUCCCAACACGAGGCGGUUUCUGCUGCUGCUGCUGAUAAUCGCCAUCAGGAUGUCAUCCACGUUCUGUUAUCCUCUAUCAAAGGGGAUUACUACGAUGAGGUGUUUGGCCAUAUUCCCCGCGAGAAAGCCAUCAAUGGCACCAUUAUGGUAA